UUGAAGUUAACAGGUCUUGUUUUCUUGAUCUCUCUCUCUCUCAUCUCUUUCAUGGAUCCCACAAUGGGAAUUCGUCUUCCUGUGUGUGGCUUUUUUUUUCUUUUUUCUUUUUUUAUGUCUCAAUGCUAGAACAUAUUUUUGAGCUUUGGUUUGGUUUGAUGGUGUUUUUGAUUCUAACUUUCGGGAUCUUUGACGGAAGCAUAACAAAGAUGAUGAUGGGCGGAAACGAGACAAUUAACCAAGUUUUGUACAGGGUUGAUGUCGGCCAUAGAUGGGUUACUUACGAAAGGGCUUUUCCCACAUUUGAGAAUUGUAGAAAAGAUGACACACAUUCCUGUACUUUGCAACUUUUAGAAGCAAAUUCUUAUUUUGGAAUGGAACCGACACAAGUAAAGCUUCUAAAGCAGAUGAUAAUGAUGCCCGGCUUGCUCUGGAUCCACAUAAUAAGUACAAGAUACAGACCAAACCUCAUGACCAUGGUGAUGUGCAUUCCCUACUAUAUUCCGGUGGCCUUCGAAGUUCUUAGUAUGUCAUAAUUGCUUACCUAAUCUCUUGAAUUUGCCCAUCUAUGUUGUUAUGUGUUGAGUCAUAGCUACUUUGUUGCAGGUUAAUAUUAUAGAUAAAAGGGAAGCAAUGUUAGAUUAUAUUGUGAGUGGAAUUAAUAACUGUUGCUAAAUUCAUUGAUGUUUAUGCAUCCUUAGUUCUGAACACUAACUUAAGCUAAAAAACUUGUAUGUUUAGUUUGCUAUCUCAAUGGUAUAUAAAUAUAUUAAAAUAUAUAGAGAGAGAUUAUUUUUGGAAUAUGGUACCAAUUUAUCAAUAGUAUUUUAAUUGUAAUUGAAAACUAUAAGUUAUUUUAUAUGAACGUCAGACAAAUUAGAGCUAGAAAUUUC